GUUGAGAGUCACAUUGAUAACUUUCACACCCAAAAUCAAGGUCGUCAUAUAUACAAACAACAGUAACAAAAUUUGUAAACCCUGAAAAGGAGCAAAAGGGUUUUACUUAAACAAAAAAUUCAAUCAUAUUUUGGGGUUGCCGAGAAAAUGGCGUUUUGUCUGAGGAAAUCACUUUCGGCAGCUUUAAGGUUAAGAUACAACAACACACCGGCACUAAAAAAUGCUUCAAGUCUGUUGUUUUAUUCUACUAGUACUACUAAAAAAACAAACAAAAACAAAAAAGAAGAGGCAAUUAAUGCCUAUGAAACACCUUCAGACGACGACGUUUUGUCUUUGGGGAUUGGCCGUCCGGUAUCAGAGAUCUUGAAAGAACUUAACAAGAAAGUGCCGGAUGAAUUAAUCAGAGCUCGUACAGAACCUAAUGGCUUCUCUGUUAAAUACAUCCCAUGGCAUAUAGUGAACAGGAUUAUGAAUUUACAUGCUCCAGAAUGGUCUGGGGAAGUCCGAAAUGUUGUCUAUUCGGCCGAUGGGAAAUCCGUCACAGUUACUUAUCGGGUAACAAUUUAUGGGACUGAUGCAGAGAUAUUUAGGGAGUCUACUGGAACUUCAUCAGUUGAUGAUGUAGACUAUGGUGAUCCGGUGCAGAAGGCAGAAGCCAUGGCUUUUCGCCGAGCUUGUGCCCGUUUUGGUCUUGGACUUCAUCUUUAUCACGCAGAAUUGUAGGUAUUUGAUAGUAGGUCUUGGUCUCAGGCCUCGUCAAAACUUGGUACUUGAUAGUAACUUGUAGGUAACUUCCUGCCGUAGCAGCAGCGUAUGCUUUAACCACAAUUUUUGGUACUUAUUAUCUGGGUUUAAAGCUAUAACUAUGGUUCCAGACUUUUUGAGACUUCUUUGUUACCUUUGCAUCAUUUCAAGGUGACCAUGGAUCACAAUAUGUACCUAAAUUUAUCUACGCCAACUCUUAUGAA